AUGCUGGCCCUUCGUCAUGUCUGGAUCAUCGUAACUGAUGUUGCGAAUUCACUUUUCGGUUCACCCUUCUUCCGGGAUGGAUCUCAACACCACCUAGGAGCCAAGUUUAGCUGGUCUCACACCGGCCUGGAUACCGCUGGACAUGGCAGCCCCGUCUUCACGCCUCCUGGUAGCAACAUUGACAAAUUUGUCUGUGACUACAGCCAGAUGAAAGGCUUCAAGCCAUGCGGCACUGCAGAGGACCGGAGCUGCUGGCUUCGCAACUCGGAUACCGGAGAAGAAUACAACAUCACGACCGACUACGAGGACAAGAUGCCGCAAGGUAUUACUCGUGUUUACUACCUCAACGUUACGGAUAGCUACAUCAAUGCGAACGGCCUAAAUUUCACCGAAGCAAAACUGUUUAACAACACUUGGCCUGGGCCUCUCAUUGAGGCUUGUUGGGGUGACACUGUGGAGAUCCACGUUCAGAAUCUCCUCGUCAACAACGGAACCAGUAUCCAUUGGCAUGGCAUCAGGCAGAAUCAAACAAUGCACAUGGACGGUGUCAACGGAAUCACACAAUGCCCUAUCGCCCCACAGUCCAGCUUUGUCUACAGAUGGAAUGCCACACAGUACGGCUCCUCGUGGUAUCACAGCCACUACUCAGUUCAGUACGCCGAUGGACUGCAAGCUCCCAUUACCAUCCACGGACCAACGUCAUUCCCGUACGACGAGGCUAUCGAGCCAAUCUCGGUGACUGAUUGGGCUGCAACGGGACAAGACAUUCUACUGGGUGGCAUCGGGAACAUCACUCGAUUCACUGGCGGAGGUGUUGAUAACAUCACAGAGAUUCCCCGUGGCUAUGAGAUCUGGUUCGAUGACAUUGAGCCCAACCACUUGACGCGAGCAAAGCGGUACCUUUUGCGCCUUGUCAACACUGCUUAUGAAUCAACGUUUAUCUUCUCCAUCGACAACCAUAUUUUCACCGUCGUCGAGGCAGACUUCGUUCCCGUUGAGCCAUUCAACGCUACUUCUAUCCUCAUCGCCAUCGGACAGAGAUAUCACAUCAUCGUCGAGGCAAAGCCGGUGGCUGACCGCUCGAACCCCGAUGCCAAUCCUUUACCGGAGGAUGGCAAUUUCUGGAUUCGCACCCAGGUUCCACUGCAAGAAGGCACAAAUCGGACAUCAGAAGGCAACGCCACUGUGGAUGUGCACAACUACAUGAAGACUGGCAUCCUGCGUUACGACAGAUCCAGUACAGCUGAUCCCACUACAACGGGUUGGAACAUUAGCCUCAUUGUCUCCGACACGGAGGUCAACGACAAGCUUGUGCCCACUGUUCCCUGGAUGGUUGGACCCCCCUCAAACGGCUAUGUUGGGGAGCAGUUUGACAUUGCGGACCUCCAUAACGCAGCGAUGAAAAGUGGACCAUAUGCGACAGCCUUUUUCUCCUUCGAGCGACCUGACAGUGAGGAGAUGCGGCCAUUCCAAACUACAUAUGGUAACCCUACCUUCUUGAAUCUCGACAACGUUGGCGACGAGUGGCCGACAGGAUGGGUAGUUGUGCCUGAGAACUAUACCGCCGAUGACUGGGUUUAUCUGGUUCUUAACUCCAACAACACCGACUCGACCAACCCAACAUUUGGUCCUCACCCCCAUUAUGAGACUGACCGCAUUCAGAUCCAUCUUCACGGCCAUGACUUUGCCAUCAUCGAGCAAGAGGAUAACAAGUUGUGGAGCAAGGAAGACUUCAAUCCUAACAUGGUCAAAACGAAAAAUCCCCCCCGUCGGGACGUGGUACUUCUCCCCAAGAACGGCUACGCUGUCAUCGCCUUCAAGUCAGAUAACCCCGGCGUCUGGUUGAUGCACUGCCAUAUUGCGGGCCACGCCUCUGCGGGCUUGUCUUUACAAAUCAUGGAACGACAGGCCGACGCCAACGUUAUUUGGCCAGCCGGAAACUCUCAGGCUCUGGAUAAUGCCCAUAGUCUCUGUGCAAGCUGGAAUACUUGGGCGUAUGACUGCAAGAACUACUGGCCUGGCAACCUGGGUACCGAUGAGCACCCGGACUACCCCGCCUGCGCCAAUGCCACCAACCUUCAGAACGAUUCUGGAGUUUAA